GGGCACUGCGACAAGGAGCGGAAACUGACCAAAAUGAAUCUUUUCUGCUUUUCGCUGGAAGGCUCUACGGACAGCUUAUAUGAGCCAGUCCCAGAGCAGCAAGCUCACCAAGAGAGGAGCUCAGGUAGAACUGAUUCUUUUUUCUCACCCUCUGAGGACAGUGGAAGAUCACACAGCAAUCUCUUCAUGGAAGUUUCUAAUUUUGAGAAUGGGAAAACAAAAAGAAAGUCAAUCCAGAGAUCUAUGUCUGAAAGUAAAGUAUUUGAGGGAAAAACUGUGAAUGACACAAUUUGGCAGGAACCCAGCAAAUCUGAGAAUGACUCCCACAUCAGAAGACUCUCUCAGCUGAAAGAUCUAAAUGAAGAUGAUUUUCUUUCAAGUCAUAAUGCACAUACUCUUCAAGGAAAAAAACUACAAGGUAUUUCUUAUCAGAGGGUAACCUUUGAAUACUGAAGUCCAUCUCUCUGUCAAAGACACAUUAAGCCUACUGUAAAAGAAAUGACCGUAAAAUCAGGUGAUGACCCAGUGGAAUCCAUAGGGACAUUAAAGAGAUUGCAGAAACUGGUUUGGAUCAAGAAAGCAAGAGUGCCCAGUCUGAAUGAGAUGAAACCUACAUCAAUAAACCUCCAAGAUGAAGAUGAAACAUUGAUUUCCUGUAUGAAAUUAGCCAAAAGCCAAGAAAAGAAAGUUAAUGUUAACACAAGGGAAAAGGAAGGAAUGGAAAUUAGAUUGGAUUCUAUUUCUGCAUCACUGGUUAGAUCCAGUGCUUCAACUAGAUGCAGCUUGGCAGAAAUGUUAUCCUAUAAUGAAGGUGAAGUUCAGAUGUGGAACAACUGGAAACCUUUUCCAGAAAAUCCAUUGUGGACAUAUGUUAAUUUCCAAAUUGACCAGACUGGACUGUGGGACAGUUGUUUCCACUGCACUCACCACCCCCGUCUCAAGUCUUCCUGUACAGAUAUGGAUCUCCCACAAUCAUGGCGCAGCAGCAGUUUUGGGAACUUCGAUCGUUUUUGGAAUAAUUCCACAGCAAAACCAGAUGAUUCCACUGGGGUAUAUGAAGGGGAACCCAUAAAUGAAAGUGGAGAACAAAACAAAACUUCACAUAAUGGAGGAAGUUUAGGUAAAAAAAUGAGAGCUAUUUCCUGGACAAUGAAGAAAAAAGUGGGCAAAAAAUACAUCAAAGACCUUUCUGAAGAAAAGGAUGAGGAAGGUGGAGAGGAUACCCUCCCAUACCGGAACAGUGACCCCACGCUUGGAACCCACAUUGAGAAGAUCUCCCUCAAAACCAGUGACUCCUUGGACAGUCUCUACAGUGGGCAGAGCUCAUCAAGUGGAAUAACAAGCUGUUCAGAUGGUACAAGUAACCGGGACAGCUUUCGACUCGAUGAUGACGGCCUCUACUCUGGACCAUUCUGCGGCCGUGCCAGAGUCCAUACCGAUUUCACACCAAGCCCCUAUGACACUGAUUCCCUCAAAAUCAAGAAAGGAGAUAUCAUAGAUAUUAUCUGCAAAACGCCAAUGGGGAUGUGGACAGGAAUGUUGAACAAUAAAGUGGGAAACUUCAAAUUCAUCUAUGUGGAUGUCAUAUCAGAAGAAGCAGCCCCCAAGAAAAUGAAGACACAAAGAAGGAGUGGAAUGGAAAAGCCUGAGACGCUGCAGGAGUUCCUAGAGAGGAUUCACCUUCAGGAAUAUACUUCAACACUUUUGCUCAAUGGUUAUGAGACCCUAGAAGAUUUAAAGGAUAUAAAAGAGAGUCAUCUCAUUGAAUUAAACAUUAAAAACCCAGAAGACAGGAUGAGGUUACUAUCAGCUGCUGAAAAUCUCCUUGAUGAAGAAACUAUUCAAGAGCAAGAAAGUGAAUCCAUGCCCCUAUCCUUAAGCCCAGACAUCUUAAAUAAGUCACAGUUAGAUGACUGCCCAAGGGACUCUGGUUGUUACAUCUCAUCAGAAAAUUCAGAUAAUGGUAAAGAAGACCUGGAGUCUGAAAAUCUGUCUGACAUGGUACAGAAGAUUACUAUCAGAGAGCCAAGUGACUGAAUAUACAUUAUCAACUGUGCAUCUACAGAUGUGUCCCAUUUUAACUCUUCCUGAGCUAAAAGAUCAAAUAGGAGUAGAAGAGAAGUAUUUGCAGAUACUACUUGAAGUUAAAAUGUUUUCAUGGGAAU